AUGGCUUGCAGCGUUGCAGGAAUAACUUCCGAUGCCAACGUACUAACAAAUGAACUGAGGCUGAUUGCGCAGAGGUAUUUGCUACAAUAUCAAGAGCCUAUUCCUUGUGAGCAGCUGGUGACAGCACUGUGUGAUAUCAAGCAAGCUUAUACCCAGUUUGGAGGAAAACGUCCUUUUGGUGUUUCGUUGCUGUAUAUUGGCUGGGAUAAGCAUUAUGGAUUUCAACUGUAUCAAAGCGAUCCUAGUGGAAAUUAUGGAGGGUGGAAGGCUACAUGCAUUGGGAAUAAUAGUGCUGCAGCUGUGUCAAUGCUGAAGCAAGACUACAAAGAAGGAGAAAUGACCUUGAAGACUGCGCUUGCAUUAGCCAUUAAGGUUCUAAACAAAACCAUGGACGUCAGCAAGCUCUCUGCGGAGAAAGUUGAAAUUGCAACACUGACAAGAGAGAACGGAAAGACAGUGAUAAGGGUUCUGAAGCAAAAGGAGGUGGAACAGUUGAUAAAACAACAUGAGGAGGAGGAAGCAAAAGCUGAACGUGAAAAGAAGGAAAAAGAACAAAAAGAGAAGGAUAAAUAGAAUAUGAAAUCAUGUGUUCUGUAGAUAAUAUAGGCCCUGCUUCAGUAAAAGUUAAUCUGGAUCUGUGUUUUGUAGAAGCCUACAAAUAUGCCAUGGAGGCCCCAGAAUUACUUUUGAUGAACCAGGUCCUUAAUCAUCGUUCAGAUAAUUAGUUUAUUGCUCCUUACAUUGAUCGAUAAUUGCUUUAAUUCUUGAACACUCUAUUUCUUGCAUCUUCUAUUUUUUAUUAUGGAAUAAACUUUAAGAAGAAUAGUGAUGAGUGUCUUUAUUUCCUCAGUACUGUCUGAAUAUGCACUAUCUUGAGAGAUUUAAUCGCUUUACAUCAGUAAAACAAGGUAUAUGCUAGUUGGUAAAGAAUAUGGUGUUAGAAUUGUUAGAAUUUUCUGUACAUGUGUGGAUUUUCCUUUUAGAGUAGUGAAAAGGGCUCCUAAGUUUGCAAAAUCCUUUCACAAAUAAGGAAUUAAAGUGUGCUGGCAUGCCAA